AAAAUACUAUAUUUAAGAUUAUUUAGUACUUUUUAAAAAUUAUUUCAGAAUGAAUAUAGCAAGUUUGUUAUAUCAAUAAUUGGGCUAUUGUUCCGAAAUUUUAUUUUACUUUAUUUUAAAAUUAAGUUUUAAUAAAAUAUUUGUUAAUAAAUAUUUAAAUAAUAAUUAUUGUAAGAUUACAAUGAGGAAGUACUAUUCUAUUAUUAAUUUUAAAAUUUCACGUGUGUGUAGUUGGCUCACACAAGUGUCAACACUGUUUGUACCGCAGGUAGCAAUUGUUUAGGCAGUUGGGUUCGUAGUAGUUAGGCCGUUGUUAGUUCGAGUUUUAAAUUCGUUGAAUAAGGUGCUCGAAAUGGCUACGGCUUUGGAACCUCUUGUAUUCUCAUAUGUGUAUGACUUAUUAUUGAAAAAAGAUACUACAUUAGCUGGCGUGUUUCAAAAGAAGACUAAUGCGGCCCCUCUACCAAAAGGGAACCCCACAAUAUUUGAUGUCUAUAAACAUUUUUUAAGCACUUCUAAAAGAAAGUUUAACUAUCCUAAAGCUUCCAAAGAAGAUGAUACAUCGGAAUCUAGUUCAGAAUCUGAAGAAGAAACUGCAAAACCUAAACCUGCUAUUCAAAAUGGUAAAGUUCAACCAAAAUCAGUUGCAGGAAAAAAGGCUGGGUCCAGUUCUGAAGAUUCAUCAGAUUCUGAUUCUGCCCAAAAAUCUCCACAAAAGCAGCCUAAAACUCCAUCGCAACCUGUUGCUCAGCCCAAAAAAGUGGCACCCAAACCUGCCAAUAAACAAGAAAGUAGUAGUGAUGACAGCUCAUCUGAAGAAGAAGCACCUAAAACUAAAUUAGCUCAGACUAAACUAAAUGUUAGUCAAGUGAAAACUCCGUUAAAACCAACUCAAGCUCCGAAAAAAAAGGAAAGUAGCAGUGAUGAUAGCUCUUCUGAUGAAGAACCUAAGAAAACUAAUCUAACAAAGACUCCUCAAGUCACUGCUAAGAAUAAAUUGCAGACUCCUGCCCAAGGAAAAGUUCAAACUCCUGCUAGUAAGGUGCAGAAAAAAGAAGAAAGCAGCAGUGAUGAUAGCUCUUCUGAGGCUGAAGCGCCUGGAAAAAAAACAAAUUUACCAUCACAGGCAAAGCCUCAGACUCCAGCUCAAAAUCCUGCAAAAUUAAAGGGACAAACAAAAACUCCAACAGCUAAAAAAGAUGAAAGCAGCGAUGAUGACAGUUCAUCUGAUGAAGCUCCCGUGAAGAAAACAAAUCCAGCAGCUCUAGGAAAAACUGCGACUAUAGGUCAGAAAAAGGUUCAAACACCUUUGCAAGCUAAAGCUGCAGCAAAAAAACAAGAAAGUAGCAGUGAUGAUAGCUCAUCUGAUGAAGAAACACCCGCAAAAAAAACUCCUGUACAAAAUAAACAAGUGCAAAAAGUGCAAGGCUCGGUUCAAAAAGCCCAAAACAUUCAGUCUCCACAAAAGUCUACACCAAAGCAACAGCUAAAAAAGAAGUCUAGCAGUAGUGAUGACAGUUCUUCAGAUGAGGAGCAACCGUCAACUAAGAAAUCCCAACUUGUGAAAACACCCAAUGCUGCUAUCCCAGCAGUAAAAGUUCCACCAAAGAAAGAGGCAAGCAGCAGUGAUGAUUCUUCAGACGAAGAACCAGCCAAAAAUAAACAGAAUAUUUCCCUUAAUAAAAAACCUGCAAAACAGCAAAUACAGAAGAAGCAAGAAAGCAGCGAGGAUAGUUCUGAUGAUGAAGCUGCUACUGUAAAAAAUUCUAAGGUUGUUCAAAAUAAACCAAAACCUAAUUUAACUACUGCUAAACCAGUCCAAACAAAACCAAAAGCAGCCUCCAGUGAAGACAGCAGUGAAGAUAGUUCUGAUGAUGAAAAAAAGCCUGCUUCAAAACCUACUAAAAAGCCUGUGCCUGCAAAAAAAUCUCAAAAAGAAGAAUCCUCCAGCGAUGAUAGCUCGAGUGAUGAAGAAUCUAAAACAGUCAAGUUGCCUCCUAAAACAAGUGCAGCUAAAAAACCUGCCCCUCAAGUUCAGAAAGAUGAAUCUAGCAGUGAAGAAGAAUCAGAUGAAGAAGAAAAGAGUGUCCCUGAAAAUCCGAAGAAACGAAAGCACGAAUCCUUAGACAACAAUGAGAAGCCUUUUAAAAAAUUUGGUGAUAAAAAUUAUUCCAACUUCGUGAAAGAAGGAGAAAAUGAUAAUGGCACAAUACAAAGCAACAAAAGGCGAAAAUCUGAGCCAUACAGGAGGGUUUUGGAGGAGAAAGUUGAGGUAGAUCCACGAUUAGCUGAUAACUCUUUUGAAGCCAAGGAUGGAGAAAGAAGAGAGAGCUUCGGUCGAGGGGGUGGUCGUGGUGGUGGGGGAAGGGGUUUCGGUGGAAGGAAGAGCUUUGGUGGUAAUGACAGAGAUGGAAGGAAUAGCUUUGGCGGUGACAAUGAUAAGGGUGGAAGAAAUAGCUUUGGUGGUGGUAGAGGGGGUAGAGGAAGAGGUGGUUUUGGUGGUGGAAGAGGGGGUGGAGGAAGAGGAGGAUUUGGCGAUAGAGGCGGAAGAGGAGGAUUUGGCGAUAGAGGUGGAAGGGGAGGAUUUGGUGAUAGAGGUGGACGUGGUAGAGGAGGAAGGGGAGGCUUUGGAGAUAGGAAAAGUUUCGGUGGUGGCGACAAUAAAGGAUUUGGAGAUAAGGGAGGUUUUAGAAAAAGUUGGGACAAUAACCAAAGUAGUGGCGAUGCUCCCGCAAAUAAGAAAAUUAAAUUUGAUGACUAGAUAUUAAAAUAAUUGUAAAGAGAGGUGCAUAUGGCAGUUGGGGUGAAAGAGCAAACAAUGUUUUGAAGUUCGCAAAAGGAAAACGAUUUAAACACGAGAAGACUAAGAAAAAGCGAGGGUCCUACAAAGGUGGCCAGAUAGACACAUCUAUCAAUUCGAUAAAAUUUGACUAAAUGUCUUGUGAAUUUGUUAUAUGUUGAUUGAGGGGUCUGAAUAUUAGGCCAUUUUUGUUUUGUUUUUUUAUCAGGACAAUGUUCCUUUUUAUGAGUGCUGACUAUUUAUAGUAUUCUAUUUUACUUAUUACUCAACAAUUGUACAUAGGGCUAUGUAUCUAAUUUUAUUGCCUCUGAUAGUCAUUCCUCAAUUUUUAUUUGUUUUUGUUUUUUUAGUUUCAUCUUUGAAAAUUAUUUCAAUAUUAUUUUGUUUUUAUAGAUGUCACUUUUUAUGAGAAUACAAACUUAUAGUUAAAUAUAUAUUUAUAUUGCAGGGCAUAGAAUAUAUUUAGAAUUUUAAUGUAUUGUUACACGUUGUGAUUUAUGAACAUUAGGUUUGUUUUUUUAAUAUGUAUAUUCUAUGUAUAUAAUAUAAGUAUAAUAUGAAGAUCCAAUUUCUGUUUUUGAGUUGUCACUGCUAGUGUUUAUGAUCUUUUCUUUGAAAAAUCUGUAAAUUAUGACAGCUUACCACUUAAUGUAAAUAAUAAUGAUUUUGAUUAUACUCCUUUUUUUGUUAAUUA